UGUGCUUCAAAACAUUAAAUCCUAGGUGACCCAUAGUCCCAUAUAUAGAUUGGAAGCUCAAAACCGAGGAACAGAGAGUGAAACACAAAAUGGGAAGUAGAGCUUUGCUUCUGGUGAAGGAUGUGUCUUGUUGUCUGUUACCCAAGAACCAGCUUCUACCCAACUUCAACUGCAACCGGAAACUUCCACAAGUGCUUCACCGGCGGCGAAGUUUAUCAACUGCCAUAACUGCUGGGUCUUCUUCUCUGGAACCUCUGGAUGUGCCACGUCUGGCUGAGACUGCUCGAAUCUCUCUGACCCCACAAGAGGUUGAAGAAUUUGCUCCCAAAAUUGGACAAGUCAUGGAAUGGUUUGGACAGCUUCAAGAUGUUGAUCUUGAAAGUGUGGAGCCCUCUAUAAGAGCAGAUACUGAAGGUGAUAAUUUCCGCGCUGAUGUCCCGGAAACAUUUGAGAAUAGGAAGGCCAUAAUUGAUGCUAUUCCAACUUAUGAUGAGCCAUACAUCAAAGUUCCCAAGGUCUUGAACAAAGAGUAGCGGUAUCACGGCAGAAUCAGUGGCAUUAUGAUCAAGCUCAAUUUGUGUUCACCAGAUUUAGAGACGAGUCUUUCAUGUUGAUCAGUGUAGUUGGAAUUUUCUGCUCUCUUGUACUCUUUUUAUUUUUACAGUUAUAGUUGGUUAUUAGUGAAAUUAAAGCUGAACUGUGCUUGAGGGCACAUCAGAGGACAAGUUGUUCCUCAUGUCAAGGAAUAGCCAUCGUCUGUUGUUUCUGGAUUCGCCUAAGCAUUGCAUACAACAUUUGUUAAUUUUUGAAAAAUUAUUUCAAGGUUGGUUUCACA